GAGGCUCGAGGCAGUCGAGUGUGUGCGGUGCUGGCGGCCUGCCGGGGCUUCUCUCGCCAUGCUGGACUGCUUCCACGGGCCCGGCCUCGCCGUGGCUGAGAUGAUGAUGGAGCUGAGCCACAGCCUGACGCUGAACGAGGAGGCGCUGCAGCUGAUCCCGGAGCCCAAGAGACCCGUCUUCGUGUUCGAGUGGCUGAGGUUCCUGGACAAGGUGCUGGUGGCCGCGCAGAAGUCGGACAUCAAGGGCUGCCAGAAGAAGCUGGUGGAGCAGCUGACGCAGCUGCUGCAGGAGGCGCCCGGCCCGCCCACGCGCAAGCUGAUCGCGCGCUGCCUCGCCACCCUGUUCAGCGUGGGCGACACCUUCCUGCUCUUCGACACCGUCAACAAGUGCAACGACAUCCUGCGCAACAAGGACGACUCGCCCAGCUUCCUGCCCACGCGCCUGGCUGCCAUCUGCUGCGUGGGCUACAUGUACGAGAAGCUGGGGCGCAUGAUGGGGCGCUCGUACGAGGAGACCGUCCAGAUCCUCACCAAGUCCCUGCGCAGCGCUGAGUCCCAGACGAGGAUCGAGAUAAUGCUGACCUUGGAGAAGGUUUGUUCCGGGAUGGGGAACGCCAUCACCAACGUGCACAAGGAGAUCUACAAGGCGGCGCGGCCGUGCCUCACCGACCGCGUCAUGGCCGUGCGGUGCGCCGCGGCCAAGUGCCUGUUGGAGAUGCUGAACCACGCAGCGUUCCUGUACACCACGGAGCUGGAGAGCCUGGCCACGCUGUGCUUCCGUGCGUUUGACGGCUCCAACUACGAGGUACGCUGCGCCGUGGCGCGGCUGCUGGGCGCGCUGGUAGCCUGCACGCAGCAGCCGCACAGGAUCAGCCCUGCAGGUCCUCAGAACAAGCUGGCCAAGCUCCUGUCCCUGGAGGAGGCCCUGGGCGUGCUGAUGACGGGGUUCCUCCGCGGCGGCGUGGGCUUCCUCAAGGGCACCGGCGAGAUCAUCAAGGGCAGCUCCGGCGUCAACCGGGAGGUCCGCGUCGGCGUCACGCACGCGUACGUGGUGUUCGUCCACAUCCUGGGCGGGGCGUGGCUGGAGCGCAACCUCACGGCGUUCCUGUCGCACGUGCUGGACCUGGUGGCCAACCCCAAGGCCGCGUCGUCGCACGUGGACGCCGUGUACUCGCGCAAGUGCAUCAGCUUCACCCUGCGCAGCGUGCUGGGGCGCAUGCUGGGGGAGAAGGCCCAGGCGUCCGCCUGCAAGGAGGUCGUGCACAUCGUCGUCAAGCAGAUGAACUCCAUAGACUUCAGCCCGGAGAACGCCAAGGACUGCAACCAGGAGACGCUGUUCAGCCAGCACCUGCUGGUGUGUGCCCUGCAGGAGGCGGGCAGCCUCAUCCUCAGCCUCGGCACCACCGCCUGCAACCUCAUCUCGGACCAGAGCCUUGGUCUGAUCGAGGCAACGAUGUCCGUGCUGGUUCACCCGUGCCAGGCGGCGAGGCUGGCAGCGGCGUGGUGUCUUCGCUGCAUCUGCGUGGCCGUGCCGAGCCAGAUAACCCCGCUCAUUGACAGGUGCGUGGAAGGCGUGGAGAACAUGCGCACCUCGCCGGAGGCCAUCGCGGGCUACAGCGGGGCGCUGGCGGCCGUGCUGGGCGGGGUCCGGCUCUCGCCCCUCGGAGUGCCGCACACCAAGGGCAAGAUAAUCUUCAACACGGCGGAGGAGUUGCUGCGCAGCGCGAGCCAGAACAGCCGGCUGUCCCUCAACCGGACACAGGCGGGCUGGCUGCUCAUCGGAGCCAUCAUGACACUGGGCGUGCCGGUGGUGAGGGGCCUACUCCCCCGCAUGCUGCUACUCUGGAGGAACUCCUUCCCGCGCUCCAACAAGGAGCUCGAGUCGGAGAAGGCCCGCGGGGACGCCUUCACCUGGCAGGUGACGCUGGAGGGCCGCGCAGGGGCGCUGUCUGCCAUGCACAGCUUCCUGCAGAACUGCCCCGAGCUCGUGACGGACGACAUCAUCCGGCGGCUGCUGACGCCCGUUGAGGCGGCGCUCGCCAUGCUCACCAACAUCUCGACGGUCCUGAAGACCUACGGCCAGCACCUGAAGGCCCCCGCGGCGAUGGUGCGGCUGCGUCUGUACGAGACACUGUCGCUGCUGCCGCCCCAGUCCUUCGAAGGCUCGUACACGCACCUGCUGCGGAUGCUGGUCGCCGAGUUCACGCUGACGGAGAACCAGGCCAACACCACGACGUCCCAGCUGCGCGGGGUGUGCCACGCGGACGACUCCGUCAUCCUGGGCACCUGGCUGCAGGAGACGGACCACCGCACCAUCGAGGACCAGAUGGAGCCUAACCGCAGGGCCGACGGUGAUCACCUGCAGCCGAACAGCGCGGCCGGUUCGGGAGCCCUGGAGCACGACGCGUGCUGCCUGUUCCGGCCCGUGGCCCAGGGGGAGCCGGUGCCCGGGCCCUUGCCCCUCGGCGUCGCGGUCAUCGACAUGUCCGUGGUGCUGUUCGGCCAGAUCUUCCCGCGCGUCGCCAACAAGCACCGCCUGCAGAUGCUGGACCACUUCGCCGAGUGCAUCCGCCAGGCCAAGUCGUCGCGCCAGGAGGCCGUGCAGAUGAACGUGUUCACGGCCGUGCUCAGCGGCCUGAAGGGGCUCACCGAGGCCAAGGCCACCUUCGGCCAGGAGGACGUCAAGAAGUCCGCCACGUCGCUCAUCAUCAACGCGCUGACGAGCAGCAACCCGGUGCUGCGGUGCGCGGCGGGGGAGGCCCUGGGGCGCACGGCGCAGGUGGUCGGGGACUCGCGCUUCACGGCGGAGCUGGCGCAGACGAGCUUCGACCGGCUCAAGUCGGCGCGGGACGUGGCCUCCCGCACGGGCCACUCCCUCGCCCUCGGCUGCCUGCACCGCUACGUGGGCAGCAUGGGCUCCAGCCAGCACCUCAACACGAGCGUCAGCAUCCUGCUGGCCCUGGCCCAGGACGCCACGUCCCCCGUCGUGCAGGUGUGGUCGCUGCACGCGCUGGCUCUCAUCGCGGACUCGGGCGGCCCCAUGUUCCGGGGCUACGUGGAGCCCACGCUGUCCCUGGCCCUCAAGCUGCUGCUGAGCGUGUCCGAGUCCUUCGUGGACGUGCACCAGUGCAUCGGCAAGCUGCUGGCCGCCCUCAUCACCACCGUGGGGCCCGAGCUGCAAGGCAACACGACGGCCGUGUGCACGGGGCGGUCGUCGUUCCUGUGUGCGUGCGCCAUCAUGCAGGAUCACCAGGACCCGCUGGUGCAGGCGGAGGCCACCGGCUGCCUGCAGCAGCUGCACCUGUUCGCCCCGCGCCACGUCAACCUGUCCUCCCUCGUGCCCACCCUCUGCCGGACGCUGUCCAGCAACCACCUGCUGCUGCGCAAGGCCGCCAUCUCGUGCCUGCGCCAGCUGGCGCAGCGCGAGGCCAAGGAGGUGUGCGAGCAUGCCACCACGCUGGCCAGCGAGAACCGCGACUCCAACACCGUCGAAGGGCUGGUGAUCACGGAGUCGGGGCUGCCCGGCGUGCUGUUCGGCAUGCUGGACACGGAGACGGACGGCCGCCUGGUCAAGGACGUGCACGACACCCUCACCAGCAUGCUGCAGGCCAUGGCCGCCGACGACCUGUCCCAGUGGCUAGCCCUUUGCAAGGACGUGCUCACCGUCGCCACAGAGUCGAGCAGCGGGGGCGGAGGAGGUGGGCGGGCUGUCGGCCGGGGGGGAACGGCGGGGGAGGAGGGGGAGGACGCGGAGGCGGACGACGACCAGGCAGAGUUCCACGCGGCGGACGACCAGGCCACCCACCCGGCCGUGCAGCCGCGCUGGCCCACGCGCGUGUUCGCCGCCGAGUGCGUGCGCCGCAUCAUCGGGGCGUGCGAGAGCGGCAAGGGCGCGCACUUUGACCUCGCCCUGGCCAAGGAGAUGCAGCUCACCAAGAGCAAAGGGGACUACCUGGUGCUGCACCUCUCGGACCUGGUGCGCAUGGCCUUCAUGGCCGCCACCAGCGACUCGGACCCGCUCCGCCUGGAGGGGCUCCGGACGCUGCAGGAGAUCAUCGACAAGUUCGCCCGCGUGCCGGAGCCCGAGUUCCCGGGACACCUACUGCUGGAGCAGUUCCAGGCCCAGGUGGGGGCGGCGCUGCGGCCGGCCUUCUCCCCGGACACGCCCUCGCACGUGACGGCCGAGGCGUGCCACGUGUGCUCGGCGUGGAUCGGCAGCGGGGUGGCUCGCGACCUCAACGACCUGCGCCGAGUGCACCAGCUGCUGGUGUCCUCGCUGGCCAAGCUGUCGCGCUCCGCCGGCGCCGCCAACCUCUACAACGAGAGCCUGGCCACGCUGGAGCGGCUCGCCAUCCUCAAGGCCUGGGCCGAGGUGUACAUCGUGGCGAUGGCGGGCAGCGGGCAGGCGCCCCGGGUGCUGCAGGACGCUUCGCGGGCGGCCGCCUCGGCCGAGGACGACGGCGAGGGAGAGGACUUCGGGCAGUUUGAGUUCCGCGGGGAGAGCCUGCUGAGCCUGGUGCAGCCCGAGCUGGUGAGCCUGUCUCAGCACUGGCUGGCCGCCCUGCGCGACCACGCUCUGCUGUCCCUGCCUCCAGAGUUCGCGAGCCAGCUGCCGCACGAGGGCGGGGCCUUCUACACCACGGACACCAUGGAGAACUCCCGCCUGCACUACGCCAACUCCUGGCCGCCGAUCCUCCACGCGGCCGCGCUUUGGCUCAACGCGACGGGCUUCAGCGUGCCGGGGGAGCCCGGCCCGGCCAACGCCAACCUUAACAACAACAACAACAACAACGCCAACAACGCCACGGUGACGACCGGCGACACGGCCACCGACCGGUUCCACCUCUUGUUCGGCAUCAGCAUGGAGGCGCUGUGCAGCCCGCGCUCCACGGAGCCGCUGGAGAGCGUCGUGACGUGCCUGCAGGCGCUCUACACGCUGCUGGACUCUGAGUGGCCGCGCUCCCUGCUCACGAGCGACACGUCUCUCGGCAUCGAGCUGUGCAACGUCCUGCACAGGCUGCUGCUGACGAGGGACAGCCCGGCCGCCCAACUGCUCGUCAUGGACGUCCUCGGCCAGGUGGUGAAGGCAGCGCGGGAGAGCCUCGACUCCCGCAAGAGGAAGAAACUCAAAGAGAUGGUGCCGGCCAACCAGGAGAGCGAGCUGGCGCAGGAGGUGGACCUGCUGGGCGAGGGUGGCAGCAGUGGGGAGAUCGCCCCGGGCGGCAGCCUCGUGUUUGCCGUGCUGGAGGUGUGCCUGUGCCUGCUGGUGCGACAGCUGCCUGCCCUCAACCCGGGCCCCGCCCCGCCCCCGGGCUCCGCCGCCACCCGCGGGGCCUCGCAGCAGCCGCCCUCCGAGGAGGCGGGCCGCCUGGUGGCUGCCGCCCUCGCCGCCAUGGAGGGCCUGCCCCGCCUCUGCUCGCCCCGAGGGGCUGUGUCAGUGCUGCCAACCAUCCUGUACCUGACCACGAGCGUGCUGAAGGAGUGCGCCACCAAAGGCGCACACGACCCCACCGUGCUGGCCACGUCUGUUCCCGUGUCGGCCGCCCUGCACGCCCUGCGCACCCUCAUCACGGACAAGUACUGCAAGGACGCGCGCUGCGCCGAGGACUGGACCGUGCUCCUGCAGAGCGCGCUGGCCAAGGUCAUAGACCUCACCAAGACAGGCAGCGAAGACACGAAGCUGGACGAGGUGACGAUGAUGCUGGCCCUGGCGGUGUUCGUGCUCCACGCGCCGUCCAAGGUCGUGUGCGCGCCCAACCUGCAGUAUCCGUGCAUCAACCAGUUCCGGCAGUGCCUGCAGAGCAGCAAUGUCAUGGUGAAGCUGAAGUGCGUGCAGACGGUGCGGAUCAUCUUCGCGCACCAGGACCGCAACGUGUCGACGCCGUACAUCCAUGCGCUGGCCCCACGCGUGGUGGAGUUCCUUUGCGCGGAGGACAGCCGCCAGCCGACCGGCGACGCGCAGCUGUCGCUCACGCUCGAGUGCGUGCAGACGGUGGAGACGCUCAUCGGCCUGGCGGAGCCCCCCAACCGGGUCCAGAUGCUGACGCUGCUUGUGCCGCUGCUGGUGAACUGCCUGCUGGAGGACUCCGCGCUGCGCGACGCCGGCCGCCACCGCCGCGCGCUGCACGAACACUGCCUGCAGCGCCUCAUCAAGAUAGGCCCGCUCUACAAGCAGGAGUUCAAGGCGCUGAUGGCGCAGUCGGCGGAGCUGCGCACGAGGCUGGAGGCGGCCGUGCGGCUGAGCCAGCAGGCACAGCAGCGGUCCAGGGCGGAGACCGGCCCCGCGGAGACCGCCUCCGCGCAGGUGCCGUCCAUCCGGCUCAAGAGGGACUUCAGCAACUUCACCUCCUCCUCCUCUUCGCCGUCUUCCUCGUAGGGCGUAUCCCCCCCACCCUCCCCUCCGUCUGUCUUCCGCGUGACCUCCCCUCCCGACUCUCCUCGGAGCCUGCUGGACGCAGCCGGCCGAGCGACGCAUUUCAAACCCAAUGCAGCAUGCACCGUUAACAAACCUAGCAUUUAGUACAUUAAAAAAAAAUUAAAAUUGUUUAUAAUUUGAAACAACUUGGAAUUUGGUUGUUAGUGAAGGAAGUUUGAAGGACUGUGAACCUGUGGUGGUAACUACUGUAGUUGAGAUGGUCUAGAGAGAGUCUGUACGUUGCGUGUGUGUGUGUGUUGUGCGGUGCCGCGGUGUUGGCAGGAGUGCCCCUCGUAGCGCUCCGUAGUCGUCCCGUGUGCUGAUGAUGUGCUCUUGUGUUUGUGUCCGUGCUCGCCGGGAGACCUGAUGUAUGAUUUGUGAAUUUUCGUUUGUGCGAGAACUCGGCGAGCAUUAACGAAUUACGGAUCAGUUUCUUUGCAAAACAGUUACACGCACGAGAGGGAUGUUCCGAAAGUCAGUUUGCCGUUUUUUAUUCCACAGGGAAACUUUUUGUUUUCGAAAAGGAAAAAAUUCAGUAUCGUAACAAAAAUUGGCUGUUUUUCCCACGUGGUCACCACCUGAAGUUGUUACACGAGUUUUAUAGUGAAAUCAAUCCCAACAAACCCUUCCUAUUGAAAAUCGUUGCGAAGUGAUUUCGGGAAGUUCUGUGCUGCGUGGUGUGCCUGUUCUUCUGAGAUGCGAGUCCCGCGCUCCCGUUUCACAGUGCACGGCAGUAUGCACGUCUAGUUGUGACCGUGUUUCCAGCCGUGCUGGUUCGCACUUGACCGAGCGUGGCCUCUCUCGGUUCUUCGCCUUCGCUACUCUGCUCUCGCUUUGUCGCGCGUUCAGGAAUGCGGGUCUUUUGUCAUUGCAGUAUUUUCUCUGUAGUACAGUUUACCUGUGGGAAAAAAAUGGCGAAACUUAUUUUGUAAAUAUACUGUAACCUGGAGCUUGCACGGAGCCUACACUCGAUGUGCAGUCACCACAUGCACUUGCACUUUGUCAUUUUUUGAGUCGAACUUUUACAGUAGUGUUAGCAUUUUGGCUCUUCACAGCACAGCUUAAGAAAUUAUUACUGCCACCAUCUUCAAAUUCACAAUUUAUACCUAAUGUAAUUACCUUUCACGGCCCGGCAGGCCAUUAGGUAUGAUGUUGGUUCCAAGUUGAAGAAAUACUUGAAAAAGACCCUGUUUAUGAUAUGCUGAAUUUACUUGAUUCUAGGACACACAUUUGGGUUGAGCUCUGAAAAAAAUGUGAGCGACUUUCAGUCAAAGCAAAACUCAUCAUCUUAAGUAUUAUUAGUGAGAGCUAUUUAGUGGGGCGUAUCAGGAUGUUGCAAAAGAAACGUUGGUAGCUUGACAACUGUCACAGUUAUUGGAUGACUAGUAUUUCUGUUACUAAAUCUUUGAAUCAUAGUGAAGUAAUCAACUAUUUCUUCCAGUUCGGUACAAGUAUAAAAUUUGUAAUUUUUUAAGAAUGAUUAAUAUUGCAAAAAAUAUAGGCAUGUAAUUAAAUAUAGGGAUUUGUCUAUAUCACAUACUAAUUAACUAAAAUGUUUUUGUACAACUUUAUCUUUUGUGGAUUAAGCUUGACACUUGUAACGAAAGAUAGCCAGCAACUGUAAAGUUUCAAAUUUUAUUUUAUUGCACGUCUGGGUGCUUCAUUCUGACAUGUAUGCUUCUGAGGAAAUGUGAGGAAAUGUUAUGUCAGUAGCUGUUGUUUCUUUGUAAGUCAUUGGUCUAUAUAAUAUGGCUACACAGAGUUCAGCUCCCCCCCCCCCCCCUCCCCCGAGAGCUGAUGUCUCCCAGGGUUGAGAGUUGUUAGCCUAAAAUAUAUAGUCCAGUUACCCAAGUUCAAAACACGCACAUUGGAAAAAGUUAUUAAUUUUUUUUUAAAGUGCUUCUUGGUAUAAAAAGAAAAGUCAGUGAAAUAAAUAGAAUAACAUAAUAACAUAAUUUUGCCUCUCAAGCUUUGUACUUCACUGCAUAAUUUGUAAAUUAUCAUUUGAAAAUGUAUAACAUUUGACUAGCUGUGUGAAUAACGUGAAGAUCACAAUUCAGUAACUAGCCACUUAUACGAAAGACACACACAGAAAGAAUAUUAUUUUCGUGCAGUUACAAUGUUGUGUGGUUGGACCAGCUUCAGAGUCCGUAGCGUACGAGUGGUGAGCUGGUGACACUCGCCUUUUACCGGUUUACAUUCCCGGCGGAGUCGAACCCAAACAUGUCACAAGUGGGGAAACCCGCCCGUUCUCAUCUUACCAUCCCUCAUAGCCUCUUAUUAGUGAAGUACCGAUGAAGUCAUUUUAGUAUCGGUACUGGCUGACAUUCCCAAUUUUUAGGAUUAUCGAUGUAAUUGUUUUUAACACACACUUAAAAAAAAAAAAUUCACAUGAAAAAAAUAAAAGUACAAUUUAAACUAUUUCAGGUAUCACCCAUCUUUUCUAUUUACCUGUUUAUAGUUCCGUAGGCAUCUUUUACUCCAAUUUUUCUAUAAUAUAAGGCUAAACUUGAAUGUUGCGUUUGUUAAUUAGUCACAGGCGUAAUGCGUAUUGUGCUAAGCACAAAUUUUAUGCUGUAAAAUACUCUUUUGUCAUCUACUGAAAAUCAUUUUGAUAAAGAAUUUUAUUAAUGCACUAACUUAUUACCUAAUUACGAAUAUUGAAUUUUUGAAAACUUCCAUUCUGAUUUAUCAACAAAAAGUUUUAAAUUGGUUAUCGGAACUAUUAUAGAAAUCUAUCUGUAAUCGAAUCUGUAUCGGUUUUCAUCCAUAUCGUCCAUCACCUACAUCUAUAUCGACACAACGUUUAACCCAUUCAUUCCUGUUUGUAUCUUUCCACACACAACCAGCCCGUUCGCUGUUGUCCAUUUUUUACUUUUAAUUUAAUUUUAUAAACGAUAAUGCAACCCGAAGUGUUUGAUGGUUCCUCAGCCGGAGUUCGGCGGCCCUGGAUCAUCCCAAGUCUUUCCACUGCAUGUACUCACCUAGGCGCGUUAUGCUACGUAUCUCAAGGCAAAAGACUAUUAGUAGGAAAUAUUUAGUUGUUACAGGCAUGAGGUUACAUGCCAGCUUAGCAUUUAAGUCGGGAGCAGGCAUUGUCCCGAACCAAGAAGUCAUCUUGUGUUGAGAUGAUUAAUUUUAACUGUGUAGCUGUAAAGUAGUUGAAAAAAAAAAAUAUUUUAGAUGAUGUCUCGAAAUGCAUUAUUUAUUAUCUAUUGCUGUAUGCAAGGUUUUCAACUCUUUUUUUUUUCUCGUGAGACUUUAAUUAAUUUUAUUUUUGAGGAUUGAUGCACGUGAUUGAUUUUAUUAAGUAAAUUUUCAGGUUUCUAUAAACCUAAGAUGAAUGGAAAUAUUGGUAGUUAAUUUUAGGAAAUCCGUUGUUAUAGGAUGCGAACUGAUUUUCCAAAAACAUUUUCAUGUAUGUUGUUGGAGUCCAUUAUGCAGCACUUAUCUGAUUUUACUUGAAUUUUGCAAGCACAUUCCAUUUUGUGUGUCUGAAGAUGUGCUGUGAAUGAAUUAAUAAAUGAAUAAAUAGAAGUAUUAAAUGGCUUUUGAUGGGCUUGAAUGGUAUUUUUAUUUUUAAUUAUUUAUUUAAUUUUUAGACAUGUGCAUGGUUUUUACUGUUGCUGGGUCAACUUUAUUUUACCGAGUUUUGAUGUUCUGGAAUUUGUUAUAACUAUUUGGCUUUAAAAAUGACUACAUUUUUUUUUUUGGGGUUUUACUGUAAUUAAAUAUACCUUUGCACUGCUUUUGAUGAAUCUGUUAUUAUAUGCACAUACAUCAGUUAUGCUUUUACCUACUUGAUGUGAUAUUAUGUACUUUAUGCAUAAAAGUCAGCAUGUAUAUAUUUAUUGCUUGAAAAAGUUUUAAAAACCCAACGUGGAGAGUGAAAGAACUUGACAAAAGUCUUUUUAAGAGGUUUGGUGCCUGAAUAAUUCGAUUUUAGCUUUACGUAUUUUGACACCCGUAAGAUUGCAUUCGUAAAUGAAAAAAAAAAAAAACCUCAUUGUGGGGUUUUCAAAUAUUAACGACAAGUCACAGGCAGGAGUGCCACCUGAGCUCGUUCACGACAACAUAUCGUCAGUUCCCAAACGCCUGUGCCCGAGGCUACAAUCACUGGUCGAAUGGAUCCGCCCGUGGGAACUGUCGUCAGUGUUCGUAGGUUUGCGUCUGGAAAGCUUGUAAAAUCACCAAAUCGGGUUUUCGGGAGAGCCAGAGGCUUGUUAGUGUUUGAGAACAACACGGCACGACCCGCAGGUGGAAGAGCCCGUAAUCACUCACGCCCACCGUCUUCUCGCAGUGUACGUUUGAGGAUCGCACCCCUGGGGUUACACACAUUCCAAUUAAAGACUACCUAUGUUCUUAGAUAAUCUCUAGUAUAAUACCAUGAAUUUGUUGACAGUCUCUCUGUGGAAAUAUUUUGUGGAUAUUUAAGUUUGUUUGUUUGUUUGUGUGUGUGUGUGUAUAUAUAUAUAUAUAUAUAUAUAUACAUAUAUAUACACACACACACACACACACACACACACACAUAAUACAGGAUAUUAAUGUUACACUAUUCCAAGUGAAAGAGACAUGCAGAAAUGAAACUAACCAAGCAGUUCCUACUUUUGAGGCAGCGCAACGGGCUUCAAAAAAACUUCCGUACUUUAUUUUGUACUAUGAGGCCAAAGCGAUUUUGACAAUGUUGUGAAAACACUUUCCUGAACAUCAAAACUUUUUGAAGUGAAACUUCUUUGGGCGCGAUGGGAGUCAAAUUUCAAUGCCGAACAUUAAUGAAACGUUUUCGUGAAACACAGUUGUGAAACGGUUACUGACGAUAGUAGGUUGCGGACGGUGCAGAGAACUGGCGGGCCGCGGGCUCCACGUGGCGGCGUGCGGCUCAGGUUGAACCCCGGCGUGCUGCAGGGAUAGGGACCCGCCUGCACCUGACGCCACACCGACUUGCUGGCGUAUAGUAGGGGCAGAGGGCAACAAAAUGGGUUUAAGCUUAUUGUUAUGCACCGCGCCCUAGGCCAGUUUUGAAAGAAAAUGGUGUUCAUUCAAGUACGUAUUAUUAUAGUUGUGUAACUAAAUUUUUUUUUUAUAUCCUGAGAAGUUAUUUGGAGUGAGUAAUAAUUUUAUAAAUUCAGGUUUAUUUGGAAAAUUGUCUUAUUUCUCUCUCUCUCUCUGCCGUUUUACCACUUACGACUUACUUAAGAGUCGAGGUUUGGAUUGCCAAAGAAGUUUCACUUCUAUCAAGUGUACUGAGUUACAUGUAUGUACUCUUUUGUUUUCUUAAAGAGAGCUCUGUAUGGACACCCAAUAGGACACACAGUAUGUAACUAAGUAAGUUUAAGAUACCAAAGUACCAGACCAUGACUUUUCUAUCAGGAAACCUUUGUUACUCUUUUGUAAUGCCUACUGCUUCUGUAGUGAGAUUGUGGUUGUGUUUAUUUUUAGCACGAGAAAAAAUCAAUAUUCUGCGCCAUCUACGUAGUGAAAUCAUAGCAAUACCAAUACGUAAUUAUAAUUAAUCAUCUUUACUUUUUUUUCAGCAGAACUUUGAAAAUUGUGAUAACAAGGAACUGGAAACCUGAGACUAAUAGUAUUUUAUAAGAAUGCAAGACUCGUGAUGUCUGAAUUGUUUCAUGUAGGAUGAGUAAGGGUGUGUUCUUAUAGUAUUAAGUGUGUGUAAACAAUACUCUUGUACAGUAGUGUUAAGUGUUAGAGUAGGCAGAAGCCAGGGUGUCGAAUGUUUCAGUCGUGGAAGAGUUCGAAUGUAAACAAUAUUAACGCAGCCAUUGCUUCACAUUAGGUUGUUCUGUUAAGGGCUUUAAAAACUUAGAUUGCAUAGAGUUAAUGUAUUUGGGACUGUGCUGUUUACUGUAAAUAUUGCUCUUAAAACAUUUUUAUUUUAUUUUUUUUUAUGUGGACUUGAGGACAUACAAUGUAAUACUGUGACAGUCUUGGAUGCCUUCGUAACUACUGCUGGUCUACAUUUUCUUUGAGCCUAUAGUGUGCAGUGUUGUGGGCAGGAUAGUAAUGUGCUGGUAUUUGUGUAUAUAUUUUUUGAAUGCCUUUAAACUUUAAAUAAAUAACUAUGUCUUUUUGAACAUUUAUGUUACCAUAUUUAUAAUAAAAUAUUAUUUAAUUUAAUGUAUGUAUUUUUCAAUAUGUACACAGAAACAGCACAUGCCUCAGAGCCAUAGAUAGUGAUUCAUUAUGUACAGAUAUAUUGCAGUUUGCUCCAAGUAUUAUAUUGAAUAGUAAUUUAAAAUUGUUAUGCUGAAGUAAAAAUAGUGCUACAUUUCCCUAGUUCGGUUGAUUCUUUAUAGUGCUGUUUAGUAUGUAUAUUAAACAUGGUAACUGCUUGUAUAUUAAUUUUAGUAUCUGAAAUAAGCUUAAUACAUCAUUUCCAAGUAAUAUAUAGCUCCUAAAUAUAUAUAUUUUUUUUCCAUACAAAUUUCUUCUUCUAUUAGCUUUACUGUAUACAUGAAAUGAAUAAAAUUAAAAUUAACUUUUAGUUAUUGUUUAGCAGGGAAUAUAAGCAAUAAUUUUUGCAGAAAUAUUAAAGUUUAGUACGUAGUUAUUUUUCAUUAAUGAUAUAGGGAUGGGUGUGUUAUGGGUACUACAUUGCAAGGUAAUGCAAAUUGUAAGUUAUUAAUUACGAGUACCAUUAAAUUCUAAUUGGAAUGUAAUAUUUGUAAGACAUACAUUUAAAUUUAGUAACUCGGUGAAAUAUUAACACACACAAAAAAAAAAAAGUAACAUUUUAUAAUUGAAAUAUAUCUCAUUAAAGAAGCACUGUCCAUAUGUUGCUGUUGUGUGUAAUGCGCACAAGAUUUCCGCAGUUUUGUCGAGUCACUCAGGACAAAAGCCAAUGUCAUUUUGUUUAGUAUGUGUUUGGAAUUAUUUUAGUUUUUUUCAAAGUGAAAAAUUUUUGAAGUGAAAUAAAUACUUUGUGUUAGUUACCGAUACUGUGCUGCAUUUAAAUAAAAGCAGUGAAGUGUUAAAUGUGUACAAGACCCAUCCCUAGUCGUGAUCAACGUUUUCAGGAACACUUUUGAUUGAUGUCCGAUUGCAAUGUGUGUGUGUGUUCAGUUUGUGUCGGGGAACGGCUGACUUGUUCGCCGCGAGCCUGGCCGACGUGGACUUAACCUGUGAUGUGUUCAAGGCGGCAGCGGGAUUGUGAACGCAUUUAGUUUCAGAAGUGCGUGACUUUUCAUGUCAUUUUCCUCUUGUAUGUAGGUUACCUGUUCUUAAUCUGCAUAUAAUAAAAACUUUUAACCAGUAAA